AAGCUAUUUGAUUGAUCUUUAAGUAUCGAGCAUCGUUAUGGGACAGGGACCCUCGCAGCCAAAGAUCACAGCUCAGGAUAGAGCGAUAUUUCAGCUUAAGCAACAGCGAGACAAACUCAAACAAUACCAGCGGAAGCUAAAUAGCAUAGUUGAACGUCAAAAGAGUUUAGCCAAAGAAGCAGUAAAUAAUAAGCAACCGGAGAAGGCUAAAUUCUAUUUACGAUCCAAGAAACAACAGGAGUCGACUAUUCUUAAGACUUAUGACCAGCUAGAUAAUUUGGAAAGCUUAAUUGGUACCAUUGAAUUUAAAUUAAUCGAAAAGGAUGUUCUUUACGGAUUACAAGAAGGUAAUAAAGUAUUAUCUAAAUUGAACUCAGAAAUGAGUGCCGAUAAAAUUGAUAAGCUUUUGGAUGACGUUGAAGAUGAACGCUUGAAAGUAGAUGACGUUCUGAACAUGUUAGGAAUGGGUGCAGGGCUUAGUAAUAGUGAAGAACAUGAAGUUGAUGAGGAAUUUGAAAGAUUACAGAAAGAAGCAGAAGAUAAAUUUGAUAUUAAGUUACCUGACGUACCUAAACACGAGAAUAUCAAUUUACCUGAAGUACCUAAAGAAAGAAUCGAAAGUCCACCAAUUGAACAAGCCCGUGAACAAGCCCGUGAACAAGCCCGUGAACAAGCCCGUGAACAAGAACGUGAACAAGACCGGGAAACCGAUCGUCAAACUCAUGAACCAUUAGCUGCUUGAGCUAUAGAUAAUCCUUUUAAUUCUACAUCCCUUGUACAUUAACAAAUCACUUUUCUUU